AUGUGUCGAGGAUCACGCAAGGAAAACCGGCUCCCCCUUCUUCUAACUAUCAUCGACUAUGAGAAGGCCUUCGACAGCGUGGAAACGAAUGCAAUACUGUCAGCGUUCGUCGAUCAAAGCGUGGAUGUGUCUGCACAGAUGGACCAGCUGAGAGCUCAGCAGGAUACGGCUCAAAGACGUCAACAAGUUCACUCACGAAAUUUGAGAGCAUCUUGGGUGACAAUGGUGCGGGAACGAAACGAGUGGAAAAAUGGUGGGACCGGCACAUCCAGCGAAGACCAGCCAAGUGCAAACGCACCCGCUGAGACCGCUGAGGACAAUAGUAAGGACGCCUUCUAUGAUGAACUCAAUGCGUUGAUGUCUAAAAUACCAAGCCAGCAGGUGGUCGUUGUCGGAAUCGACGCAAAUGCGAAGAUGGGACUCGAACAGCAAUCCGAUGUGCUAGGAAAAUGGUACUAUGCAGCGGAGCGCACGUCGGAGAACGGUGACCGUCUGGUCGACUUGUGCGAACAGACGGACCUUAUCAUCGCUUCCAGGUUUAACAGGAAUCAUCGUCGCCAUCAGCUCACGUGGCAGGAGUCAACCCUUAUAACGCCUGAAGAGCAGCGCAAGCGGAAGAUGAGGACUCUUAAGCUUCAGCUCGAUUACGUUCUGGCGAGGAACAUUCCUCAGUCAGAUAUCCGGAAAUCUAGAGCUGUUUGGGACGUCGCAUUCGACUCUCACCACCGUCCAGUUCUUCUCAGCUUCAAGAUACGGUUCCACAAGAGAAAUCGAGGAGUUCCUCUUCAACCGAAAAUCGACAUGGCAGGUCUGAAAGAUGAUGAAUGCAGAACAAAAUUCCGCCAACGUGUGUCUAUUCAUGUUGGAGUACGGACCAGAAAGAAGCUUAGCGAUGCGGAUUCCUUCACAAGGUGCAUCCAGGACGCUGCAAGGGAAACGCUCCCGGUUCUAUUGCCGCGGAAGAAGUUUGCCUUUCCAUCUUCGGAAACAAAAUCCAUAUACAAUUAUGUAUGUGUCGCCCGCUGCGCUGGUGACUUCAACCAGGAAAAGCGUCUUGGAAGGAAGCUGCAUCGUCAACUGCAACAAGACCGCGAUAACGAGUGGAUGUCCAGAGCGAUGGAGUUUGAGAAGACGUGGGAGGACAGGAACCCGCGGAAAGCCUAUGCUCUACUAAAACAGUAUAGCGGCAAAAUGAAAAAAUGUUCCCCAAUCCUCAACACUGCCAAUGGGGUAGCUGUCGGUGAAGCAACCCUUCCAAUUUGGAAGGAACACUUCAUGACCUUGCUGAACCGGCUAGCACCGUCAGCCCCUGAACUCGAACACGUUCAUAGACCGACAUACGCGGUUAACGGGGAGCCACCGACCGAGUCGGAGGUCCUGGUCUGUAUUCAAAAAAUGAAGAAUGGAAAAUCUGGCGGAGACGAUGGGACUAUCGCAGAAAUGCUAAAACAUCUUCCUCCGUCUGGAAUUCGUGGGAUGACAAAGAUCAUCCGUUCAAUAUGGAUAGACGAAAGGAUACCUGAGUCGUGGAGACACGCUAUCAUAAUUCCCCUCCACAAGAAGUUAUCCGUCGUGGACUCCAGAAAUUAUCGAGGAAUCUCUUUGCUGCGUGUUAUGUACAAGGUGUUCAUCGUCAGAAGAGUGAUCGAAAUCUGGCAGCGGUAUUCGAAGCCAAUGCAACUAGCGUUUCUGGACUUUGAAGCUGCGUUCGACUCUCCUCACCGACGCCGUCUUCUCAACGCGCUCUGCGCCGAUGGAGUACCAGGAAAGUUCGUUCGCUUGCUUGAUGACAUGAAUCAAUGA